AUGAUAGCAGAUUUGAUCAAUUUUUGCUACAGCCAUCAUAUGUGGGCUGAGGGUAAUCAAAUUGUUUCUGUUUUGCUUAAAAACAAACUGGAAUUUGACCUCAAAGAUCACCUGGAUUCCAUUCCCUACAACACUGCUUUGUUGGCCUUGGAUAUCUGUCUCCAUUCAGUAGAACCCCAGAAAGCUCUUUCGCUUCUUGAAGGUUUAGGCUGGUUUUGUCAACUUCCUCCAUUGCAAUUUCUCAACAGCUUACACUUAAAGCAAUGGCUAAAGAAAAUCUUGAAAGUUCUUAUUGAACAAUUGUCCAAUUCAAACAAACUUCCCAAUGGAUGUCGCGUCUUUUCUUUGUUUGUUUCCAUCAGUCAAGGCGCACGGCGCUCUCGUCCCAAAGGUCGUGUCCCGCCGAUACUACCGCCGGACACGCACGGGCCCUUGUGCGACCCAACGACAGCACCAGCAAGUAAUUUCGACCCCGGUGACGCGCCAUCCGCGCCCCUAUCCCCCUCAACCAAACCCUUCUUGCUAACCAUGGCAUGGGUCUUCAUAGAACCGGCAUUGUCGCGCGCUAACUUUUCCAAGACUGGAGUUCGCCGCCUCGCCCAGUCUCUACUCCCUUCUCCCGUAGUCGUUUUUGGAGUUGGGAAAGGGGUAUCUCGUCCUCUUCUUCCCACUCAUCCCUUUCCUUACCUUCGGUGGGCUUCGAGCCCGACCCCUGGUUCUCGCUACUUGGGCCUGUUGCCUUUUCUAUGGCCUCGUGACGCCGAUAGGCCGAGCCAGCGGCAUCUUGAGGUUCUUUUGGGGAUGGUGGUGCUCGAACCACCUCGUCUGGCGCAUCGUUGCGGAUUUCUAUCUGUUGUUCACUUCCCUCUCUCUCGUCCUCUUCGGAGUCUUCGUCCGCCCCUCAGGCUAGUUGUGCCCCGGUGUCCCGUCAUCCCACCUUCCUCUACUAACCCUUCCGAUGUUUCCGACCCCUGGCUACUCAUGUCCCUAGUCAAUCAGUGGAAGCAAACAGAGAACAAGAACAAUUCUGGCGAAUUCCAGCAACAGAUCGAAGAAAAAGGGAAAACCGAAAAGUGCCCUACCUGUCUUUCCGUGCGACGACAGGUCACAUGGGAACAGGAUUGGUCUUGUCUGUCAGCGUUCAGCUGCCUGCGUGUCCCUUCGGUCUGCGACUCCGAGCGUGUGUGUGUGAGUGUCGAACUCUCCUCGGCUUCUCAUUUUAUGGGGCCCAGUAAAAGGGCUGGGGUGGGCAUGGUGUCUCUCUGGAUCGCCAGCAUACCCCAACGACCAAUCAGAAGGCUUCCUACAACCGUCCGAAUGUGGGGGGAGGCCUCCUUUUUCCCCAGAACUCUGUUGGCGCUCCGCCUCUCUGAGCCACUUGACCAAAUAAAUCUUCUCGUCACGAUUCCGCUUGUUAGUGACGAAGCUCACACUGGCCUUUGA